GGGUGGGGUAACUACUCCAGUCCUGGGGCAGCUCAUUUGAAGACAGAAACUAAGGGCCGGGAGGGGUUUUCCGGGAAACGAAAGCGAAAGAGGCAAAGUUGACUUCUCGGAGUCUGGACGGCCCGGGCAGUCUGGAGGAGCGGAGCCCGGGAUGGCUGAGUCCCGCUCCUUCCCGCUGCUGGUGGAGGGGUCCUGGGGCCCCGACCCUCCGAAGAACUUGAGCACCAAGUUGCAGAUGUACUUCCAGAGCCCGAAGAGAUCGGGCGGCGGAGAAUGCGAGGUCCGCCAGGAGUCCGGGAGCCCGCCCCGCUUCCUGGUGCUCUUCUUCCCCAACGACGUUCGGCAAAAUGUUCUGAAGAAAAAGAAUCAUGAGUUAGAAUGGCCAGGAAAAGGAACAUUCAAGUUAACUGUCCGGUUGCCCACAGCCUCAGAUGAAGCCCCAGUCUCUAAGGGGAAAGUUUCAGCAAACGAAUCCAAGACCAAAGAUGUCAAAGAACCAGAUGUGUCAGAAGAACUGGAUACAAAGUUGUCUCUCAAGAGUUCAUCAGAAAAAUUGGAAGCUAUCCCCACAAAAUCUGAAAACGUUCCCUGUUUGGUGGCAUUUGAAAAUCUUCCAGCACAUGUGACUGAAAUGAUGCUAAUCUUGUUAGUGGAGAACAUAAGUGACGUGCCCAGUGAUGAUUUUCAGGUGGAAAUAAUACGAGAUUUUGACGUUGCUGUGGUUACCUUUCAAAGACCUAUAGAUACCACAAAAUUUGUUAAUGAUUGUACCAGGCACCAUACAAUUCAACAACUUCAGGUCUCCCCAAGACUUCUGAAAGCCACAAAAACAAUCAGGGUCGAAAACCUGCCACCUGGUAUUAAUGUCUCCCAGUUACAACUUUUCUUUGAAAAUCCUGAUAAUGGAGGGGGAAGGAUUGCCCGUGUUGAAUGUUUUCCUGAAGAGAGUGCAGCUGUGAUUGAAUUUUGUGACAGAAAAGUGUUAGACACCAUCAUGGCCAAGAAACAUAACUUCAAUAAGAUGCCGCUGUUUGUCUUUCCCUACUAUAUCUCUUUGGGCACAGCAUUGUAUGGAAAGGAGAAGCCUCUGAUUAAACUCCCAGCACCAUUCCUAGAGUCACUGGAUAAUCCCUUAUGGAGGUUCUUUCAGAAAAAGAAUCACUUAAUUGAGGAGAUAAAUAAGGAAAUGAGACGUUAUCACUGUGAGUUAACAUGGUCCCAAGUCAACAAUAAAGUCACUGUCAGACCUGCAGCCACUUUAGUCAAUGAAGGAAGAACCAGAAUCAAGACCUGGAAGGAAGAUGCUUCCACAGCACUCUCUGCCAUCAGGUCUAAAUAUGAAGUUACCUCAUUUAAAGCAGAUCCAGUAGUGUGGAACACUGUUAAAAAUGUCUUAGAAGAAGAUAAGAUUUUGAUUGAAUUUGAUACACUUAAGGAGACUGUAACCUUGGCAGGAAAAUCAGAAGAUGUCCGAAGCAUUGACCGGCAAAUCAAGGAAUUAAUAGAAAGCACCACUGAAAAAAUUAGAAAGGAAGAGCAAAGUGUGAAGGAAAAAAUGGCCAUUUCUUCAAAAAGGUAUUUUCUUCUGAAACACAGUGGUGUCCUGCAGCAUCUAUGCGCUGACUGUGGAGAGGUGGAGAUCUGUUAUGAUGAGGCCACUCAGAACCUAUUCUUGAAGGGGCUCCGGGCAGAUGUGUAUAAGGCCAAGUGUGAAAUCCAGGAAAAGGUGUACAACAUGACCCAGAAAAACAUUCAGGUCUCUCCUGAGGUCUUUCAGUUUUUGCAGCAGGUAGACUCUGAAGAAUUCUCUAAAUCUCUUUUUAUAGCAGAGAAAAUUCUUGCCACUUACAAACUACAGGGUACGACUGUUCAUUUAACCAGUGUUGCUUCAAAUGUCCUAGUAGAAGCUGAAAAACAAAUGCUCCAUGCCUUAAAUUAUAAGCGCAUUGUAGUUGAGGACAAAGAAGUUCUUAAUGGCAAGAAGUGGAAAAUGGUAACUCAAAAUUUACAAAAGAAACAUGGUUCCUCCGCAAAUAUUGUGGUAGUCAAUGAGUUAACUUCAGGCACCCCAACUGAUAUCAUCAUUGCGGGCCGUGUGAAAGAAGUGAAUGAAAUCUAUAGCUUCCUUUCUGAUUUCCUAGAAAAACACAUGAAAAUAGAGAGAUUGGUUGAAGUAGAGUCAUCCUUGGUUAAAGCCUAUUUAAAGGCGGAAAAGCAAUUAUUUUGGUCAAAGGUAAAGAAGGUAAAUGUGCAGGUAGUUUUCAAUCAUGAGAAAAUACACAAAGGCAUUUUACUAAUUGGCUCCAAGAAAAAUGUACUGGAGGGCAUGAAUAUCGUCACACAAGUCCGGGAUUCAGUCUGCCUUAAAAAAGUCCUUAUUGAUAAGCCAGGGGCCAGGCAGUUCUUUCAGGAGAGAGCACGGUAUUGCAAAAGUGAGGCCAAACGGAUGUUUGGUUGUUUCAUUGAACUCCAAGAGGGAAAAGACCAGAAGGUGGGAGGCAUCACUGAUGGGCAGAAGUGCUUGUCUCGGAGAGAUGUGGUCCCUGGAGUUACACUAAUUGUGCAACAGGGUGACUUGGCUCAGUUUCCUGUUGAUGUGGUGGUGAAUGCAGCAAAUGAGGACCUCAGGCAUUCUGGGGGUCUUGCUGCUGCUCUCUUAAAAGUGGCAGGCCCUGAGCUUCAAGCAGAUUGCAACCAGAUAGUGAAGAGAGAGGGUAGACUCCUACCUGGCAAUGCUGUGGUCUCAACAGCAGGAAAGCUGCCUUGCCACCGUGUGAUCCAUGCAGUGGGGCCCCGGUGGAAGGAUGAUGAGGCCCCGAGGUGUGUGCACCUGUUAAGGAAAGCUGUGGAACAAAGUCUCCUUUUAGCUGAGGAAUACAAGUGCCAAUCCAUAGCCAUCCCAGCUAUUAGUUCUGGAAUCUUUGACUUUCCCUUAUAUCGGUGUGUGGAGACCAUUGUUUUGACCAUCAAAGAAUACUUCCAAUAUAAGCCAGAUGGACGCACCUUGAAGGAGAUUUACCUUAUGGACAUGUCUGAGAAGACUGCUGAGGCCUUUGCUAAAGCUGUGGAAAUUAUAUUUAAAGACACCCCAGCUAAUACAGCUUCCCUGCCACGUACAACUUCUUUGGUCAGUGUGCCAGCAGCAGUCCCGCCUGUUAAAAUAUCAGAGAAAGAUCUGUGUCUGAUAUCCCCGGAAGGCCUGAAGAUCCAGUUGGUGAAAGAAAGUGUACAGAAUGCUAAGACCGAUGUUGUUGUCAACUCCAUUCCCUUGGAUCUUGAGCUCAAUAAAGGGCCCCUUUCACAGGCCCUCUUAAAAGAAGCUGGACCAGAACUCCAAGUGGAGUUGUAUGCAGCUAGACACAAAGAAAAUAUCGAUGUGGGCACAGUUAUCCAAACCAAUGGUUACAAUCUGCACUGCCGUUAUGUGCUUCACGUGAUGGCUGCACACUGGGACCACGGCACAUCUUCACAAAAGAUCAUGGAAAACAUCAUCAGAGAGUGUUUGAAGAUCACUGAGAAACUGUCCUUGAAAUCAAUUACAUUUCCAGCAAUAGGAACAGGAAAUCUGGGAUUUCCUAAAACCGUAUUUGCUGAACUGAUCACUUCAGAAGUGCUCAAAUUUAGUAGCAAAAAUCAACUAAAAACACUAGAGAAAGUUCAUUUUCUGCUGCACCCAAGUGAUCAUGAAAAUAUUCAGGCAUUUUCAGAUGAAUUUGCCAAAAGGAAAAAUGGAAAUCUUAGUGACAAAAUCCCCAAGGCUGAAGAUACAAAAGGUUUCUAUGGGACUGUAUCCAGCCCUAAUUUAGGAGUGCAUGAAAUGCAGAUUGGCCCUAUCCUCUUCCAGGUGGCCUCUGGAGAUAUCACCAAAGAGGCAGCAGAUGUGAUUGUAAAUUCAACAUCAAAUGCUUUUAAUCUCAAAGCAGGUGUCUCCAAAGCAAUUUUAGAAGGUGCAGGAAAACCUGUGGAAGUGGCAUGUUCUCGCUUAGCUCAACAAGGCAACAAUGAGUAUAUAAUUACAGAAGGUGGAUUAUUGAGGUGCAAGAAUAUCAUUCAUGUUAUUGGUGCAAAUGAUGUCAAGAAAUCAGUUUCCUGUGUUUUGCGAGAGUGUGAAAAACGGAAUUACUCAUCCAUUUGCCUCCCAGCCAUUGGGACAGGACAAGCCCAACAAAACCCAGAUAAGGUCGCUGAAGGCAUAAUGGAUGCCAUUGAAGACUCCAUCCGCAAAGGAUCAGUCCAGUCUGUGAAAAAGAUUAAAGUUGUUAUCCUUCUGCCCCACAUACUGGAUGUGUUUUAUACGAACAUGAAAAAAAGAGAAGGGUCUCAGGCUCCCUGCAAGCCAUCCGUGAUGUCUAAAUUUGCCGCUAUGUUGGGCUUUUCAAAGCAAUCUCCCCCAAAACGGAAUCCCUUGGUUUUGGAAAAGAAAACAGAAUGGGCAGUUUUCCAGGUGUGUGGUGAAAAUAUAAACAGUGUGGACAAAACUAUCUCCUGGCUACAAGAGCUGAUUAAAAAGGAGCAGUGUCUUUAUGCCUCUGAUGAUGAGUGUAUCAAAGACUUUGAUGAAAAGGAGUAUCAGAAACUGAAUAAACUACACAAGACCUUAAAUAUCACCAUUGCCCUGAACCAGAAGAAACCUUUAAUUGAGGUUCGGGGAAUUAGCAGAGAUGUGAUGCAGGCUCGAAAUGAAAUUGAGGAAAUGAUCAAGAGUGUUCAACUGGCCAAAGAAAAGGAAAACCGGGCAGACUGCAUCAGUGAAUUUAUAGAAUGGCAAUAUAAUGACAGUAACACUUUUCAGCCUUUUGACAAAAUGACCAAUUUGCAAUUGGAGGAUGCAAGGAGAGCAAAGAAUAGUGACGUCACUGUCAAAAUUAAUAAUCAGAAUUACACAGUGAACCUGAAAAACUGCACUGCCACAGGUCCAAAUGGACAAAGUUUAACUGUUCAGCGGCUCACAAAAUCUGAAGUUGAAAUCCCUGAGCACUGGAGUGACAUGAAGCAGCAGAAUUGGUGUGUGGUGGAGCUGCAGCCGAAGGAUCCAGAAUACAUCACUGUGGCAAACAAGUUUAACCAGACCUGCUCACACUUUACCAUAGAGAAGAUUGAAAGGAUCCAGAAUCCAGAUCUCUGGAAUAGCUACCAGGCAAAGAAAAAAACCAUGGAUGCCAAGAAUGGCCAGUGGCAAAAUGAGAGACAACUCUUCCACGGAACAGAUGCUGCCUCUGUGCUGUAUGUCAAUGGGAAUGGCUUUAACCGCAGUUAUGCUGGAAAGAACGCUGUGGCUUUUGGAAAGGGAACGUAUUUUGCUGUUAACGCCAUUUAUUCUGCCAAUAACACAUACUCCAGACCAGAUGCAAAUGGGAGAAAGCAUAUGUAUUAUGUGCGAGUACUUACUGGAAUGUAUACACGUGGACACAGUUCAUUAAUUGUGCCUCCUUCAAAGAAUAAUCAAAAUCUGACGGACCUGUAUGACACUGUCACAGAUAAUGAAAAAAAUCCAAGUAUCUUUGUAGUAUUUUAUGACUAUCAAGCAUACCCAGAGUACCUCAUUACUUUUAGAUAACAUUUUGGGUUCUUUCUCAAAAGACAUUAUUCAUUUGUACAUACCUAGUUGUAAAAGUAAGUUUUUGAUUUUAAAAAACUUCCUAAGAACUUUUUCCAAGAUCAAAAUAUCCUCCUGUGGCACUGAAAUCAAACUUGUCUCAGCUUCUUUUUCAUAAUGGAAAUGAACUAUCUUGAGAGCAAAUAAAUUUGAGAAUUUGGUUAACAGAGUUACAACUGUGUGUCCAGAGGUGUGGACAUCAAACCUGUGGGAAAGGAACAGGUUUUAUAUUUUCAGGAAGGAGAGAACUAUAGUCUCACAGACAGAAGACACAACCAGGCAAUUCCAGCUGCCACUAGGGGGAGGACACAGCUGGAAUCACAUCAGGAUACCAUAGUGCUGUGGGGAAGAUGGUGUCACUAAGUGCCAGGGUGGCUGUCUUCCCUGGGGGCCAGCAUGAUGUCUUGUUCACGUUUUUGUCCUUGGAUUGAGGUCUAUAUCUGAGGUAAAGUGGAUGUUCCAUAGUGUUUGAUACAUCAUUUUAGAAUUAAAAAGCCUACCUAGACAGAUUCCUACACAGAGUAGGAGCUGUCUCAUCAAUAUCCUUCACCUAUUUUGCCUUUUCGUCAGAUUGAACAGAUCCCACCACAGGGAACUUCUUCCUUCACGAACCAGCCCAGGCCAUGUGGGACAGCCUGAGCUAGGGCUCUGGCUACAGUGUGCUUGCACCUUGCACAAAUGGGCACUUGUGGUUUAGCUUGUGGUCUAGGUUAAUUGCAUCUCAUGGUGUUGUGCAGCCCAGAAGCCACUCUACCUGCCAAACACGGAACCCAAAUUUGCCUUCUUGCAAUGUCUACUCACUGGUAUUGACGCUGCCCAGGGAAAACAACAGGAUGAUCUUCAGUGGAUACCUUCCUACGCAGCUGAGAUGACGGACUGUAAUUUACACAGCAAAUUUCUGUUAGCAGCCUAGCUUUUGACAGUUUUAAAGCUGUGUGUAUAUUUAUAUAAGCCAGGGGAAUUAAGCAGUCGUAUUGCUAAUUUGAUAACUCAUUAUGUAUUGGAUGGUAAAGUUGGUUUUUAUUUAACUUCCUCAGGUAAAUUUCAGAUUCAAACACCAUUUAUUGAGCAUAUAGGUCAUACCAGAGUCUAACAGGUGCUCUGACAUACAUUAUUUUAUUCAUAAAUAAUCAUGUGAGUUAAGAAUUAUAUUUUAAGGCUGAGGAAACAUGUUCAGAGUGCAAGAAGCCUCCUUGCCUGAGGUCACCUAGGCAGGAAUCUCUGGAGCCAGCCACUAAGUCUUGGUGCCUUGGUGCCUUUCACUCUUCUUUCCGCCACAGAACAUGGUCUCUAAGUUAAUGCCAUUUAUUCAGUAGUAUCCCAGACAAUCUUGGAAAUAUUCCCGUAUUUCCUUCACUUUUUUCCUUCUGGCUGUGGUUUCCAUUACAUCUCCUCAUUCGAAGUUCUGUAGGCCAAGAAGCCAGAGCUGAUGCUGAUGUGAAGCCAGUGCAGAUGGUACACCUGGAUGCUGGGAUGGCUGGGAGGAUACAGCGCUCUUCCCUGGCCACUGGGAGCAACACCAGACCUUCCAGUGGAGGAGGGUGAGGAGGCCACAGGUGCUGCUCCAUUGACACAGAGGUCUUGCAACUUCUGCUCUUUAUUUAUAUUUGGUAUGGCUUAGAAGUGGCUUCCUGGCCAAUGGCAUCUGAACUCAGCACUAACAACGUGGAAUAAAAAAGAGAGACCUGCUUUCAUUUGCUUUUGUUCUCCAGUGGUUUGGUUGACUCAGGGCAAGGCUGAAAGCAGGGUGUGUUGCACUUAUGAGUAAUGAUCUACUCAGUAAAUGUUAUGGUUAUCAUCAAUCUAAAUAAUGAUAUCAAAGAUGUUGCUUCCAUCCUUUUUGGGUAAAAUUACUUGAAAAAUUGUCACUUGGUAGAAGACACUUUUCUCCCAAAGGGCAAAUGCAGGGGAGCUUAAUGCUAAACAGUGGCCGCUGCUAAUAAAAAGCCACAACUAAACAUGACAGCAUCGAGGAAUGCUCGGAGUACUAAUAUCCAGCUGGGAAGUACAGGAAGGGAGGGGCACAAUACAGGAAUAGUUCAGUAAAUUUGGAGGGAAACUUGACCCCCAGCAAGUAGCUCCUGCUCAAACAGGCCUGCGUUGAGCCUGUGAUAGGUCCUGGUGGCUCUCUAUAAGGUCAGAGGUUCUGAAACUUUUUUGGUAUUUAAAUCACCUGAGGUGUUUGCUGAAACCGUAAGUUUGGGCCCCAUCUCAAAGGAGUCUGUAGUUGUGCCUAGGAGUCUGCAUUUUCAGCAAGCACCUCAAAUGAUUCUGAUAGCCCAGAGACCCAGGGUCAUCAGGACUUUCAUGAGCCCCAGAAACUUUUGCCUUUGUAGGCCCCUUAGUACCUAAAAAGUUUUAAAGUUCUCCUUUGCAACUGCAUUGAUAUAAAAUAUGAAUGUAAUUGAGACUGGUUUAUAUUUUUUCUGAUAUUAAAAGAAAUUAAAACAUUUUUGUGGA